GAUUCUCACUAACCAGCUAGCUAGCAUCUUUUCUCCCAUAGCCACCCUAAUACAACCUCUCCAUGCCCCGGUAACACAAGCGGUUUGAUCGAGACACUCCAAAACGAGAUGAAUGUAACCUGCUCGGCGGUUCGGUUCGUUCUGUUGUCAGUUCAGGUCGGUUUAUAGGAAACCAGCUCGGCCAAGCGGCUAGAAGCGCUUUCGAUGACAUUUCAGUGACAAACACAACAAAACAGUCUGCAUGGCCGGCUGCUGAGUCGGUGUUUGUGUAAGAGGAAGGCCAGCGGCCGGGCCACAAGAGCCCAAAAGUAAGAAAUGGCCAUGCAGAACAGGAACUCUGUGCUGAUUCUGUCAGGUCGAGAGAGAGGAGCUCAUGCGCUGGGCUCCCAGCGGCUCCUGCAGCAGCUGGUGGAGGACCGGACCCGCUGGAUGAAAUGGCAGAGCCAGAAAGUUGAGCUACCUGAUAAUCCACGAUCAACCUUCCUGUUGGCCUUCAGCCCAGAUAGGAAUCUUGUAGCUUCAACACAUGUCAACCAUAACAUCUACAUCACAGAUGUCAAAACAGGAAAGUGCCUGCACUCUCUGGUAGGCCACCGACGGACGCCUUGGUGUGUGACCUUUCACCCUACCAUCCCUGGCCUGGUGGCCUCUGGUUGUCUUGAUGGAGAAGUUCGCAUUUGGGACCUACAUGGUGGUAGUGAGAGCUGGUUUACGGAGAGUAAUGUAGCCAUCGCUUCUCUAGCGUUCCACCCCACGGCUCAACUCCUCCUCAUCGCCACCAACAAUGAACUACAUUUCUGGGACUGGAGCAGACCAGAACCAUUUGCUGUGGUCAAGACCGCCAGCGAGACUGAACGUGUCCGGUUGGUGAGGUUUGAUCCUCUAGGUCAUAAUCUUUUGACUGCUAUUGUGAACCCAUCCAACCAGCAGAAUGAAGAUGAUUCAGAGGUCCCUAUGGACAGUAUGGAAAUGGCUUUGUUCCGCCAACGUUCUCUCUUGCGUUCCCCGCCUGUGCGUCGCACACCCAUCCUGCACAAUUUCCUCCACAUCUUAUCCUCCCGCUCAUCUGGGGUGCAAUCUGGCGAUCAGUCCCGCCCAGCUUCAGAGCUGCGAGAGCCUCCCAGCGUGCCCCGGUUCCAGUACCCGGUGCGAGCGGAUCCGGGAGACCGCUCUGCCUUACAGGGCUGCACACAGCACUUGGGUCUGGGCUGCCUGUGCAGUCGCUGCGCCACCUCACCUUCUGAUUCUUCUCACCUUCUGCCUCAACCACAGACUCAGUCGGGCCCCUCUGCCUUUACGCCCGCCCCAAGUCAGACCCGCCCUUCCACGGACCGCCCCUCGGCUUUUAGCAGUGUGUUCAUUGGGACGUCUGGAAACUCUACACAUCAGGGUCUCCUUCCCCUUAGGACAAUUGAUCCCAUGGGGUCACAAACACCAGGCCCUAUUGAGGCUCCUGGGCGUCUCCCAGGUGCCGAUUGGUCUGGAAGUCUGCUUAGUACAGGGCAUGAACAUGGCUUGGGUCCAAUUGGAGGAGAAUCAAGGGGUGUGGUGCCCCCUCCCAGAACCAGUUCCUCCUCUAUGGAUCUUCUCUUCUUACGUAGGUUCCCAGAUGGUUCCUCAUCGUCACCCAUAUACACAUCUGCUACCGAGGGGCGGGGCCUUGUGCUGCCUGGCAUGGAGCCCAACCGGGGUCGAGCCAACGAUGGCACAAGCAGUGGGCACCACCCUUUCUAUGACAACACUCAACGCAACAAUCCCGCCUCCAUACGGAAUGUUCUGCAGUGCAACCUGAGCCGUUACUUCAUGGAAUACGAGCGUAUGCAAGAAUUAGAGCGACCUGGUGCCAGCCGAGAAGUGGCGGGCGGACCGGGACCCAUGCAGGAGCUGCUCAGUAGUAGUAUGGACACUGAACGCCCAGGACCUUCCCAUCAUAGCUCCACCUCCAACACUGGAAAUGGAGGGACAGUCGCCGGGCCGUCUCAAAACCACCCCAAUCGCUGUCGUUCAUGUCACAACCUUCUUACCUUUAACCAUGACACCCAGCGAUGGGAGCGUUCUGGUCAAACGUCCUCAUCGUCUGCCUCUCAAGAAAGGCCAUCUUGGCCGCUUUCAGUGCCUCCUUUUGAGGACCCGGGUCAAGGUGCACGAGUGGAGGCCCAACCCCCUGAGAUGAGGCCUAUGGAGCUGGGUGAAGCCUCUUCUGAUCUACAGGGGCAGCAGCCCAUGGGUCUGGUGUAUAAUCAGGAGACGGGGCAGUGGGAAAGUGUGUACCGGCAGCCUACGGCCAGCGCUUCCUCUGAGGCAGCACAAGACGCCUUAAACCCAGAGGUGCCUGUUGAUAAUCCAGACGAGGACUCACUCAGGAGGAGGUUGUUGGAAUCCUCACUGUUUCCUUUCUCUCGGUAUGAUAUGUCGGGGUCCAGAGAUCAUCCGAUAUACCCAGACCCUGCCAGACUGUCUCCAGCUGCAUAUUAUGCCCAGAGGAUGAUCCAGUAUCUGUCUCGGAGAGAAAGUAUUCGACAGCGUUCCCUACAGAAUCGCCUACGGACGCUCUCAAACUCUCAAUCCGACAGCCAGUCUAACAACCCCAUCUCCACGCCACCAGAGGCCAGUGAUGGAGACUAUGAGGACAUUGAGGAGCCAGGAGACAGGACAAGACACAGAAUGCCACGCAACGCUCGAAUGUCAGCCCCGUCUCUCGGGCGCUUUGUCCCACGGAGGUUCCUGUUACCAGAGUAUUUACCAUAUGCUGGACUCUUCCAUGAAAGGGGUCAGUCAGGUCUGGCCACUCACUCCUCUAUUAACAGAGUUUUAGCAGGUGCGUCUAUAGGUGAUGGUCAGUCGGCCGUUGCCAGUAACAUUGCCAACACCACCUACAGGCUGCAGUGGUGGGAUUUCACCAAGUUUGACCUUCCAGAGAUCAGCAAUGCCUCUGUGAAUGUGCUGGUUCCUCACUGUAAGAUCUACAACGAUGCCAGUUGUGAUAUCUCAGCAGAUGGGCAGCUGUUAGCUGUGUUCAUUCCCAGCAGCCAGCGGGGUUUUGCUGAUGAGGGCGUUCUGGCCGUCUAUUCCCUUGCACCCCAUAACCUGGGAGAGAUGCUGUACACCAAGAGAUUCGGCCCGAAUGCAAUCUCAGUCAGUCUUUCCCCCAUGGGCUGUUAUGUGAUGGUAGGACUGGCCUCUCGACGGAUUCUGCUUCAUCCCACCACUGACCACAUGGUGGCGCAAGUGUUCCGUCUGCAGCAGCCACACGGAGGAGAGACCUCUAUUAGAAUGAUGUUUAAUGUGGUCUACCCCAUGGCUCCAGACCAGAGGAGACACGUCAGUAUUAACUCAGCUCGGUGGCUUCCAGAGCCAGGUAUGGGGUUGGCCUACGGAACCAACAAAGGGGACCUGGUCAUCUGCAGGCCAGUUGAUUUCCGCAGUGAUGGAGACAGUCAGUUGGAUCUGAGCUCGGAUUCUUUGUUUACCGUCAACAGCAGCAGCCGAACUCGUGGAGUGGAACGCCCAGGGACGAGCAGGUCUGGCUGGCGAUUCGACCGAGACAUGGGCCUCAUGAACGCUAUUGGCUUGCAGCCACGUCAGCCCGCACCUUCUGUGACCUCACAGGGGACGCAGACACCAGUGUUGCGACUGCAGAAUGCGGAGACACAGACGGAGAGAGAACUUCCUACAACCAGCACCUACCAGCACACACACACAUCCAGACACAUGGUUCAGACAGCAAGCACCAGCACGGAAAGACAUACACAUCCAGAGAUGACACAUACACUGGUUCAGACAUCGGUUUCAGAGGGAUCACUGAACCGUACCGGCUUACCCACCACAUAUCAUGGGGAGUCAGCAGCCGAGCCCGGCCCAGGAGAGGACGCGCUGUCUCGGAUCCGCCGCCUAAUGGCAGAGGGCGGAAUGACGGCCGUGGUCCAACGAGAACGCAGCACUACUAUGGCCUCUAUGGGUGGCUUUGGGAACAAUAUCGUGGUCAGCCAUCGGAUUCACCGUGGCUCCCAAACCUCAGUGAGGACAACUCAGGCUGGAAACCCGACCACAGAACCACCUUCUGGACUCGGUAGUUCAACUGCCUCCCUUUUUCACACUGAGCCCUUGGUAGACUCAUUGGAAGCUCCCGGUCGGUCGGGAUCUAGCAGUCUCCGACUUCCGUCACAGUUUACUGCUCAUUCGGAAGUCACAGGGGCGUCGCCUAUGGUUGAGGCGGACUUAUUUGGGGAUCUUCAAAAUGAUGACCAUCAACAUCACCCAUCCCCUAGCAGUUUGAGCAUGUCUAACCAUAGCAACAACAACAACACUGAACAUAACUACAGUGAUAGCAGAGGCAGAGAUUACCCCGAUGACCUGUAUGGCAGAUAGUCGUCCAUCUGUUUGUCGUAGAGACAGAUGUCUCGCAGGUAAAAAACUUGUCUGCAUGGUGCAGGGGCAUUUCGUGGUGUAUUUGCAGUGGAUGAUUUGUUACAGUGAUGGAACUGAACUUCUGAGGCAAAGCCACUGAACACUGCCUCUGUUCUGACUCCUCCCACCUUGGCCUUAUUUGGGAAAGAAUGAGUGCCACGUUUUUCAUGGCGUCUCCUUGGAGAUUACAGCCUUAUCCUUUGUCAAAAACAGCUAGACUCUUGCUUUGAGGAAGCAUCAUUAUUGCACUUGCUAGUUGCACUUAAGUUAUAAUUUUUCUUCCUUACAAGGUUGAGUCGGACUUUUCAUCAUUCCACAUGAGAAACGGCGUCAUACUUGAAUUUUUCCCGUACUGUGUUACAGCAUUACACAGUCGCAGUUAAACCACCCUUUCGAGCUCCAGAAACAUGAUCAGCCAAUCAAAGUGCCAGUUGAGGCUGGGGGCGUGUCCCUACUGAUUUCUUGUGUGAACUAGAGCUCAUGGAAUCUAAUGUUUUCUUCUGGACAUUUCGGUUUGAGAAACAUGGUUUAACAUUACGAACUCUUCACAAGUUAACACUAACUCUUUGCAACUCUCUUAACAUCAUGUAAUGGUUUUCUUAACCAGAUCAAAGAAUACGCUCAAUGUGAUUGUUUUUUUGUUUUCGAUAAUGUGACUUCCAGUGCUUGAGUCAUGCGGUUGAUCAACGUCUAGAAAAGUUCUCAGAUUGAUAAGACUCGUGUGUGUGUGUGUGUGUGUGUGUGUGUGUGUGUGUGUGUGUGUGUGUGUGUGUGUGU